AGGCGAACCACUCCUCCAUCGACAGUGACGGCCUCCUAAGAUAGAGUAGUAGAUCAAGAGCAGGCACAAGCUCAAGCAGUCGCCGUCCCCCCAGAGUAGAAGUGAGAUGGCUGGCUUGGAAGGUUUUGAGUUCUUCGAGAUCAUAAUUGAGAAAUCUUGCAGUAGGCAGAGGCUGCCUGACAAGUUUGCGAAGAUGCUCGCGGGCCGUGAGCCCCACAAAGUGAAGCUGCGGGAGGCCGACAGCGGGCUUCACAGGCUGUGGAAAGUGUUGGUGGUGUUUGAUGGUGAAGGCCACAUGUACCUAGGGCCCGGCUGGGAGCAUUUCGCCCACGCCCAUGAGCUACAGCUCGGGUACUUCCUUGUCUUCCGCUACGACGGCGACGCCAUGUUCACCGUGAAGAUGUUCGACAACACCAUGUGCCGCAUGUACUACCAGCACGACGACGAUGCCAGUAAGCUCUCUGCCUCUCUUCUUCCUGUCCUUUUGGCUUCCUCUACCUGCGCGAUGACAACACCAUGUUCACACUUUGUUGCAUUUGGCCAGGCACUAAAGGAAUCUAGGACGAAGAGGCCUGGUGUUAAGAAGACAGUCAGCAAGAAGCACAAGAGCUCAGAAACAUCUCCUGCAAUGCCUCCAGGAAGGGAGAUGGCCCCAGAUCCAGGACAAAAAAAGAGGAUCUUGGAACCUGAUGAACCUACCCUUGAUAAAGUCACAAGGCAGAAAGCAAGGAUGGCGACUGCGACGGACCAUCAGGAAAGUAUGCUGCUCAUGGACUCUCAGACCUCGGUGCAAACGGGUGAUGAGUUGCCGCCCAUGGAUGAAGGAACCACUCUCAGCAUGGAUGGAAAUGGCACUAUCUGCCUAGAUGAAGCAAUGCAAUGA